UGUGUACAUAAUAAUUUCUUCACUUAAUUAACUGAUAGCAGUGAGUAUAUUUAUUUUGAGUGCAGUAAGCCCCCAGACUGAGAGCCAGCUGUCAGUGAUGAAAAUUUAAGUAAGUUUGGCAAACACAAAUAUGAAAUUAACCGUUUUGUUUAUCGUGAUGCAGCUGCUGGCGCUGCUGGCCAUUCGGGCGAAUGACCUUCCGCAGGAACAGCAGGAGAUGGUAGUUGGCUUGCAGCAGCUGCAGGACGAGCUGGCGCAUCCUUGGGGCACCCCCUGCGUUCGGGAUUGCCUCGCGGAGAAGGGCAUCCUGGCGGAGCGACCCGGCGAAUGUCAGCAGGUCGAGCAGCAGUUCGACUGUACACUGUACUGCAUGUUUGAUGCCGAGUCGCCCUAUUAGGCCAUAAAGUGUGAGUGCAAUGCAGCAAGGAGUCCAGACAAGACGUGCAAACUUUCGAGACGAGCAUAAUAGAUGGCAGAGAUGAAUGCGGAGACAAGGCAGGAUGGAAUGCCACAGGGUGCCAAGGAGAAGGAGGAGGAGGAUGGAGCAGCAGCA